GGGCUGUGACGUCAUUUCCGGUCCUCUGUGUUGUAGGACUCCAUUUUCUAGGAAAAACACCAGAGAGGAAAACGUCAGGCUGAGUAGUAAAAUGCUGUGAUGUGGGACAGUGAGACUGAAACCUGCUGUUGGGACACGACCCGGAGAGAUGUUUUUGUCGUCACAGCAGCCGUCCUGUCAGUGUGAUGACUGAGCCUCGUGGACGGUGAGCGAGCAGAAGAUUGUGUGUGUGUGUGUGUGUGUGUGUGUGUUCUGAGGGUCGAUUAGUAUGAAACAUGGAGGAACAGGGAGCUGACAGUCCCAUCACCCUGAUCAUCCGCGCACCAAACCAGAAAUAUGACGACCAGCCGAUCAGCUGCUUCCUCGACUGGACAGUGGAGAAACUGAAGAAACACAUCACUAACGUUUAUCCCAGCAAACCGUUGUCCCGAGAGCAGCGGCUCGUUUACUCCGGACGUCUUCUACAGGAUCACCAGCAGCUCCGAGACGUGCUCCGGAAGCAGGAUGAGUAUCACAUGGUCCACCUGGUGUGCGCACCCCGGAGUCCCCCAGCUGACCCCGGUGACCCCUCAGUGACCUCUGACCCCGGCUCUACAAAUGCAGACUCUGCUGACCCCGCCCACUCUGCCUCUCUGUCCAAUCAGAAUGUCCCAGACCCCUCCUUCACAGGAAGUACAGACGGCGUUCGACACCGAGGAGGUCCUGCUCACGCUCCGCAGCGGCCCGAGGGAGUCGUGUUUCCUGCAGCGCCCCCUGCUGCAUUUCCUCCUCACAGCGUGUACACUCCUGUGCAGGUGAUGUGGUGGCAGCGUGUGUACGCUCAGCAUUACUACAUGCACUAUCAGGCUGCGAUGGCUGCCACUCAGGCCCCGCCCCCUCCAGUUAACCCUGGCCCAUCGGUCGCUCCGGCUCCAGCCCCGGUUCCGGUUAACCCUGCCCCGUUGGAGCAACCGGCCAAUCAGAACCCUCAGAUGAACGCUCAGGGCGGGGCCGUGCAGAACGAGGACGAGCUGAACCGUGAUUGGUUGGACUGGCUGUACACGGUGUCGCGCGCCGCCGUCCUACUCAGCAUUGUCUAUUUCUAUUCGUCUUUCAGUCGCUUCGUCAUGGUGAUCGGGGCCAUGCUGCUCGUCUACCUUCACCAGGCGGGAUGGUUCCCCUUCAGGGUGGAGCUGCAGAACCCUGGAGCAGCAGACCGACCUCCAGCUGAGAACGAGAGAAACCACAACAUGCAGGAAAUGGAGCGCAUUAUGGACGAUGGUCUUGAGGAUGAUGAUGGUGACAGUGGUGAUGAAGGCUCUGAUGAAGCCGCUCCUCCUCAGCCGAGCUUCCUCACGUCCACGUGGUCCUUCGUCAGCACGUUCUUCACCUCGCUGGUUCCUGAGGGUCCUCCUCGUGGCGCUAGAUAAACCACACACUCACACACACACACACAGUGAACUUUGACCUGUUACAGGUGAAAUAAACAAAUACAAAAACAGCAGCGUUGUGGUCGACACGUCUGCUCUGUUUCUGCCGAAGGAGUGAUGCUGCUGGAGUUUUUACAGCUGCUCCCCCUCUGUUCAGUUCUUCAUCAGACGAGAGAAACGAGUGGAACGUUCCUGCGUUCGUCUUCCCCAUCACAUCAUAACAAUCUUUUUUUUUAAAAACAAAACAGAAGACUUGUGUAACUGCUUCAUUUCUCCAGUUUCAUUCGUUGUAUGUAAAUAUUUGCAUCUCAUUGAUCUGAAGUGUGUUUUAGAUUAAACUGAUGAAACAG